CUUUUUUCCUCUCUUCUAUAGUAAAAAAUUCUCUACAAAGAACUCGUGUAUAUUAAAAACAAACAGGUUAUUAAAAACAAACAGGUGUACUUUGAUGUCAAGAGUUCGAUUACAUUCGUGUAGAGUAUCAGAAAUAUGACACUUAUGGAACAAGAAGAUGAUUCUUUAUUAUUUGACGACAAUCAUCAAUUAUUGGAUCAUCCUAUUAACAACAAAAAUGACCAUCGACAAAGAAUACCUAUGCAUCAACGAUUGACAGAUACCUUACGAUCAUGGAAACAAAUGUUAUAUGAUCCCCUCAGUUCAUCAACGACAUCAUCUGUGCAGGAAAAGCUAUUAGAACAUAAUCAUCAUGAUGGAAUAGACAAUAAUGGUAACAGCGAGGAUGAUAUUGAUCUUGAUGAUGACUGGUAUACUCAUCAACUUACAACACGUCCAACACGAAGAAAACGAUGGUUACGAUGGAUGUUAUCUUGUAUCUGUGUGUCUUUGGGACUUCCUCUUGGAUUCUUAUUACUUGUUUUUAUUGUCUAUGCGAUUGCGUUUCAUCCUCCUCCUACGAUACAGGGAACUGACAAAUGGAUGAUGGAAACCAACAUGACUCAGCAACCGGCCCGAUUUUUAACUUUCAACAUCUUUAUGCGACCACCUGGUGUCAAAAACAAUGAAAAUGAUUACAAAGAUGAACGAUUGAUGUACAUUAUUGAUACCAUCCUACCACAUUAUGAUGUGAUUACUUUUCAAGAAGCAUUUGCGUUUGGCAACCAUCGUGUAGAUCGAUUGAUUGAAGCUGCACAACGACUAGGAUUUGGUUACAUCAUGUCACCACGACAUGGACCUUGGGAAUUAGCAGCUGAUGGUGGACUUUUGCUUUUGUCUCGGUAUCGGAUCGUUCAAGCAGAUAUUUUGGAAUACCCUCGUGGAUUACAUAGUGAUUGGCUCUCUUACAAAGGCGCGCUACAUGCUCUGAUUGAACUGGAUACGAAACAAGGAACGAUGAUACAUGUUUAUACAACACAUACACAGGCUUCUUAUGGUGACAAUGGAACACGGAGUCAACAGGAUAUUCUUAUGCGAUUGGAACAGUUUUCUCGACUUCAUCAAUUUAUUCACAACACUACCAAUAAAAAUGCAACGAUACCGAUCAUUGCCAUGGGUGAUUUCAACAUUGACAGCGCAGAUCAUUCCUCCGGCAAUAUUACUUUACCAUCAACAAAAAGUUCCUUGGCUUACACAAUGAUGAUGGAUGUAUUAACAGGCAAGGGUAUCGAUGAUUCAUUUUUCACUAACGAUGAUCAUAAAAAAUUACGGUUUGCUGAUGAUUGGCAACUCUCCUUUACAGACAUGCUCUAUCAGACUUUUGGCUAUCAUCCAGUGACAUUUGGUGAUUACUAUUUGGACAGCAACAAUAACAUCCAUCCUUCAGAAACAACAUUGACACACGCUAAACAGCUUUUGACCGUCCAAAGCAUUGAUCAACUGUUAUGGUCACCUACAUCAACUUCCCAUCUACGCCUUUCCAAUGUCACCAUAGAAAAAUUUCUUGUCUCCAAUGAACCUUUUACCCAAUUAUCUGAUCACUAUGGUAUUAGCUGUCUCGUUUCUCCUACAUUAGAAUAGAAUCGACCUUUUUCUAUAUAUUCCA